AUGUCGUCUCCAAACGAAUCGCUGGAUCUCUGGGCUCAAAAGCUCGCCAGCCCAACCCUCUCGGUACUCCCAAGCGACUUUUCCCCAGCUGAUUCAAAGAUCGUAGAGGCUACUUACUCCACACAAGUCCCCUCAUCUUUCAUCUCAAACAUCUCCACCCUAGCUAAUGACUUUUCUACCGAAUCUUCUCGCAAAGUUGAUCCCUUUGAUGUCGCUCUUGCAGCUUACUUGAUUCUCCUUCGCAAACUUACUGGAGAUGAAGAUCUUCUCGUCUCUUCAGACCUACCCAAUAAAACUUUUGCCCUCGUCCGUGCCCCCCUCACACCAGAAACUACCCUUAAAGACCUGAUUGCCUCUAUCGAAGACUUCUUUUCUCUCGCUGAAGCACACCCAGCCUCUGCCAAAGCCAUUGCUACUUACGUCAAGCAAAAGGACAACCUUGAUACUACCCCAAUCUACUCCUCAACAUCUUUUAGCAGACACUCAGUCGAUGAAUCCUUCCUCAACAAUGCAAUCAGCGUCUACUUCAAUGGACAAUCACUUGACUUUCACUAUAACUCGCUUCUCUUUAAAAAGGAACGUAUCGAAAUCAUGGCUGCCCAAAUUUUCAAAAUCGCCGCAGAACUCGUCCAAUCACCCAAUACCAAGUGCUGCACAAUACCCCUCAUCUCUGAAAAGGAACUUGCUGUUCUUCCAGACCCAACCUCUGACCUCCAUUGGAAUGAGUUCCGCGGAGCUAUCCACGAUAUCUUUGCAGACAAUGCAGACAAAUUCCCCGAUCGCACUUGUGUAGUCGAAACUGCAAAUAUCUUUAACGAAUCUUCAAAGGAACGUGUCUUUACCUAUAAGCAAAUCAAUGAGGCCUCCAAUGUUGUCGCCCAUUACCUCAUUGCCAAUGGCAUCCAACAUGGUGAUGUCGUCAUGAUCUACGCAUACAGAGGUGUCGACUUUGUAGUCGCUGUCAUGGGUACCCUCAAAGCUGGUGCUACCUUCUCUGCAAUUGACCCCGCUUACCCCCCAGCCCGUCAAAACAUUUAUCUUAGUGUAGCCAAACCAAAGGGUCUCAUUGUUUUGGAAAAGGCUGGCACUUUGGAUAAGCUUGUUGAGGACUACAUUUCUGAUAACCUUUCUCUUAAAGCUCGUGCUCCUGCCCUCAGACUCUUGGAUGAUGGUACCGUCGUUGGCAAUGGUGAGAUCUCUCCUGCUCCUCAAGACAUUUUUGCUCCCUUCCAAGAAAAGAAGAGUCAAAGAACAAAUGUGGUUGUUGGCCCAGAUAGCAACCCUACCCUUUCCUUUACUUCUGGCUCUGAAGGCAUCCCCAAGGGUGUUAAGGGACGUCACUUUUCUCUUACUUACUAUUUCCCCUGGAUGAGCCAACGUUUUAACCUUUCUGAAAACGAUAAAUUCACAAUGCUUUCCGGUAUCGCCCAUGACCCUAUCCAGCGUGACAUGUUCACUCCACUCUUCCUUGGUGCUCGUCUCCUUGUCCCCACCAGCGAUGACAUUGGUACCCCUGGUGCUCUUGCUAACUGGAUGGCCAAGCACGGUGCUACUGUUACCCACUUGACCCCUGCCAUGGGCCAGCUGCUUUCCGCCCAGGCUGUCGCAGAUAUCCCUGCUCUCCACCAUGCCUUUUUCGUCGGUGAUGUGUUGACCAAGCGUGACUGCGUCCGUCUGCAAAAACUCGCCCAAAACGUUGCAAUUGUCAACAUGUACGGCACCACAGAGACUCAGCGCUCCGUUUCGUACUUUGAAAUCCCCUCCAUUACAAACGACGCCGCCUACCUCUUGUCCCAAAAGGACAUCAUGCCUGCUGGCCAGGGUAUGCUCAACGUCCAGCUUCUUGUUGUUAACAGAAACGACCGCAAUAAGCUCUGCGGUGUCGGUGAAGUUGGCGAGAUUUACGUCCGCGCUGGUGGUCUUGCCGAAGCUUAUCUUGAGCUCCCUGAUUUGACUGCUCAGAAGUUUGUCAACAACUGGCUAGUUGAUAACUCCAAGUGGACCGCUUUGGAUGCUUCAGUCGAAGGCAAGCCUUGGACUAACCACUGGUUCGGAUCCCGCGACAGAAUGUACCGCACAGGUGACUUGGGCAGAUACCUCCCUGAUGGAAACGUUGAGUGCUGCGGCCGUGCCGAUGAUCAGGUCAAAAUUAGAGGUUUCAGAAUCGAGCUUGGUGAAAUUGAUACCCACUUAUCUCGUCAUCCUCUUGUGCGUGAAAACGUCACUCUUGUUCGCAGAAACAAGGAUGAAGAACCUAUUCUUGUGUCAUACAUUGUCCCCCAGUCUUCUGAAAAGCUUAAGGAGUACUUUUCCAAUGUCACUGACGAGGAAAUUGACCACCCAGACCCCAUGGUCCGUGGCCUUGUCAAGUAUAGACAUUUGACUAAGGAUAUCCGCGAUUACCUCAAGACCAAGCUCCCCACCUACUCUGUCCCCUCAGUCAUUGUCCCCCUGAUCAAAAUGCCCUUGAACCCUAACGGUAAGGUUGACAAGCCCAAGUUGCCAUUCCCUGAUACUGCCCAGCUCACUGCCGCUGCCAAGCACGCUGGUGAAGAGCAAAGCAAUGCUGUUUUCACCAAGAUUGAGGCCAUCAUUAAGGAAGUCUGGCUUGAUGUUCUGCCUCACCCCCACGCCAUUGAGCCUACUGAUAGCUUUUUCGAUAUUGGCGGUCACUCCAUUCUUGCAACCAGUAUGAUUUUCGCUCUUCGCAAGAGACUCACCAUGGAGGUUCCCCUUGGUUUGAUUUAUUCCCACCCUACCUUAUCUGACUUUGCUGCUAAUAUUGAAAAGCUUUCCGAUGACAAUAACGACUACAACUUAGACCGCCCUGGGUCUUCUGAAAAGCCCCAGUCGCUUGUCAGUGAUUACGCUGCUGAUGCUGAUGAACUCAAGGCUACUCUUGCUUCCAAGUACAUUGCUCCUUCUUUGCCUUUGGCUAAGGGCUCGUUCACUGUCUUUUUGACUGGUGCUACUGGUUACCUUGGUUCCUUCAUUGUCCGUGAGCUUCUCCAGCGCACUGAAACCCCCAUCAAGAUUAUCGCCCAGGUUCGUGCAAAGACCCUUGAGCAUGGUCUUGAGCGUAUUAAGAACUCAGGUAUUGCUUAUGGUAUUUGGGAAGACUCCUAUGCCGAGCGCAUUACUCCAUUUAUUGGUAACAUUGAAGAGAAACAGUUUGGUCUUGACAACAAGGCCUGGGCAGGUCUUGCCGAUGAAGUCGACUUGAUUAUCCACAAUGGUGCGCUUGUCCACUGGGUGUACCCUUAUAGCACUCUUCGCGGACCCAACGUUAUUGGUACCAUCAACAUUAUGGAGCUGUGUUCCGUUGGUAAGCCCAAGACUUUUACCUUUGUGUCAUCCACUUCUACCGUCGACACUGACCACUAUGUUGAGCUUUCUGAUUCCAUCAUUUCGGAGGGUGGCAAGGGUAUCCCAGAAAGUGACGACCUCGAGGGCAGUAAGUCUGGUCUUGGAAAUGGUUAUGGCCAGUCCAAGUGGGUUUCUGAGAAACUCAUUCGUUAUGCAGGCAAGGAGCUUGGUCUGCGUGGUACCAUUGUGCGUCCUGGUUAUGUUUUUGGUGACUCUAAGAGUGGUGCCAUGAAUACUGAUGACUUUUUGGCCCGUAUGAUGAAGGGCUGUGUACAGCUUGGGUCGAUCCCCAACAUUCACAAUACGGUGAAUAUGGUCCCUGCUGACCAUGUUGCGCGUGUUGUUGUUGCGUCUGCAUUCCACCCAGUGUCAAGCACAGAGGUUAGCGUUGCGCAUGUGACUUCACACCCACGCAUUCGAUUCCACCAGUUCUUGGGCUCUUUGGCCGUGUACGGCUAUGGUGUUAAGAUCGAGGAGUAUGUGCCAUGGCGUGUUGCUCUUGAAAAGUUUGUUGUUGGCGAGGCUAAAGACAAUGCGUUGUUCCCUCUGCUCCACUUUGUAUUGGACAAUCUGCCACAAAACACAAAGGCACCUGAGCUUGACGAUACCAAUGCGGCGGCAGCCCUUAAGGCUGAUACUGAGUGGGUCGGCAAGGAUUACAGUGCAGGUAUGGGGAUUGAUGUUAAGCAACUAGGCGUGUAUUUGGCAUACUUGAUUAAGGUUGGAUUUUUGCAACCUCCUAAGGAAAAGGGUGAGGAGGCUAUUCCUGAGAUUACUGUGAGUGAGGCCAGUCUUGAGCUUUUAGGCAAGGUUGGUGGUCGUGGUGGAUCUUCCAAUUAG